AGGUUUUUAUAUUUUCGAUCAAAAAGUCAAGAUCACCAAAAAUCAGCAAUGGAGCAACAGUUCGUGCACGGGAAAAAUAGGAAGUUGGAAAGAGGGAAAGGAGGACUGCGCAUGGUAGCUAUAGAUGAAGAAUCAAAAUCUCCAUUUGAGAUAGAAGAACCGAAGUGGCUGGAUGACUCUCAGCAUCCUUUCUGUAUGAGAUGCAAAAAAAUGUUCUCCUUUACACUAAGAAGGCAUCAUUGUAGAAGAUGUGGAAGAGUAUUUUGCUCUGCCUGUUGUAAGAACAAGAUCAGUUUGCCAUGCAUUUCAUAUGUUGAUCCAGAAAGAGUUUGUAUGGAAUGUUUGCCAGUUGCAAAAGAUGAAAACAUCUUCUUCGCAAAGGAUCUCAAGGUUUUAAUUGAGGGUGCAUCAUUUGUUUUGAAUGACAGCUCUGUGAUCUGUGAAUGCAAACUGCAUGAACAAUCUCACAGCAAACUUCUUUUCAAAUGUUUGGAGAAUAAAGACACCAUGGCUCAGGACUCAGUGCAACUCAAGAACAUCACAUCCAUUGAAAACAUUACAGAAACAGUGGAAGGAAGUGAAAAAGUCUGUGGAAAGGUUUUGAAGAUAAAAGAGCAGAGUGAAACAGAACUGCUUAAAUUGAGGGUCCAAGAGGGAGACAAAGUUCAACAAAAAUCAGCUGAAUUUCUUCAUGCAAUCCAAAAGGCUAUGGAGUUACUUUUUGAUGUUCAGUAAUCCACACCGGCUGGUUAUAAAUCAUAGAUUUCAUAAAUCCUGUUUAGACUAAGUUUUGAUUUGAUUAUAAUUUCAUAAGACUAAGUUUUGCUUUGAGAUAAUUUAUAAUAGAUUUUGAUUAUUUUUGUGAAGCAAAACAUUUUCCAUUUUUUCCUUCUUAUCACAAAGUUACGCAAAUAAAAAUUUAUGUAUAUUAUACUUUUGUACAUAACAACAACAAAUUUUGUUCAAAAUGUCACUUUUUGAGAUAAAUCGUUUUUCAGUUAGGGUAUAACAGUUGUUUUCUAUUCAAAAAAUAAUAUUAUAAGAAUAACCUUCUGAAAGUAUCCACCCAAUUUACUUUUAGUUUUGAUGGCCUCCGUUUAUUACUUGUAAAUAUUUUCAGCAACAUUAUAUACACUGCUUUUUCAUCAAUGUUGUUGCUGAAAUAAAUUUAGAAAUAAAUAUGCUCGAAAUUGAUUUUUCCAUGGCUAAAUUCUCAGUUGAACAUUUAUCUUUACUAUACUUUACUGAUUUUUUUGGAUGCUUUCCUAUCAGAUUUUGCCAGACCCCAUCCCUGCUCAAAGUCUAUUACAAGCCUAUUAGAAUAGGAAAAACCAAUCCAUUCACACCUUCACGGUAAU